AUGGCAGGCACAAUUAGCAUAUAUGACCUUAUCAUAGUUGGUCACGGCGUGGCCGGUCUAGCCGCCAUAGUAUCAGCGGCGGAACUCGCUCCAGCAGCUCAGAUUGCCGUACUAGAGCGCGCGCCUAAGGAUGCCAGCGGGGGCAACACGCGUUAUAGCCCGGCCAACAUGCGCAUGCGAUCUGUUAAUAAGAUAUCGCCUGGUUUCAUGGAUAAUAUAAUAACCAUCAGUGGCGUAGACGGCGACCGCGCCUAUUUCGAAAAGUUGGCCGACCAGACACCGCAGGCCGUCCAGUGGCUCGAGAGACAAGGUGUACAAUUUCAUGCCAUAGACUAUUUCUUGAAAUCAUGGCCAAAUAGGAUUCAGCCCGUCAGCAAAGGUACCACCAUAAUCAAAGCACUGCAGCGAUCUGCCAGGGUAAAAGGCAUCCAGCUGGUGUACGAAUGCCGCGCCAAGCAACUGCACCUUGGGAAAGAAGAGACCACUAUCAAGGCAGCAGACGGGCGGCGAUUCAUUACCAAAUCCGUUAUUCUCGCCAGCAAUAGAUUUUAA